UGUAGGUCAUAGGGAUUCCCCCAUGUGCGCGUGGAUGCUGAAAAGCUAAACUUGCACCUGUUUGCUAAUUUGACUCGGUUCUGCCAAAAUGGGAAGGCUAGGAAAACUACAAAAGAGCAAGAAACACAAGAAGAUUAAAGCAAUUGAUCCAUUUUAUGUUGGAAAGAGGGGGAAAGACAGGUAUACAGAAUUUGAAAGGGAGGUGAAACCUGUAAAUUCCAAACCUGUCAACUUUGAAGAACAAGAAAUGCCAAGGAAGGUUGUUGAAUUAAUGGAGUUUAAGCUGCUACCAGUGAACAGAAAGAAAAAGAAAAAAAGGGCAGGGAUACAAGAGCCAAUGAUGGAAAAGGGAAUGACAAAGCCAUUGCCAGCUGUUCCAAAAUUUAAACAGAGAAAAGGCGAGAGCGAACAUGCAUUCUUUAAUAGAAUGGAUAGAGAAACCCAAGAAGUCAUCGCAAAAGCACAAUUUGAAGACAAAUAUAAAGUGGAUCUUAAUGCCAUUGAAAAAGGAGAAGUUAAAGUCAAGAAGAAAAAGAAAAAAAUAAGUGAAAGAAAAAGGGAGAGGCAGAAGGAAAGAAAAGUCAAACAGAAAAUACAGAAGACAAAUAAAGUUGAAAAAAAGGCAACAGGCUUUGAAAAACUGGAGGAUAAUGUGAAAUUUGGCGAAGUAGCCAUGGAGCCCCCAACAUUGACAGCAAAACCCAAGCAAGCUUCUGACAUUGCCAAGCCUGGACGAAAAUCCUUACUACUGAAAGAAGUUAUUCGGGACAAUCAGUCUCACAAUAUUAAUAAGUCUGUGUUUGGACCAAAGUCAAGAGAGGUUGGACAAACUGUUAAAAGAAAACAUUUAUCUUUUGCACAGCAGAGACUCGUAGAUGGGGAAAGAGAAAAAGCUAUAGAAACAUACAGGCUAAUGAAAGCCAAGAGGCAAAAAGUUUCUUGACCUUUAGUUUAUGUUUGAAUUUUAUGCAUUAUAUGCGAAUAAUGAAAAAGGCAGAUUGUAUUUUUGUAUGUAAAUAUAUCAAACUGAAUUGGAUACAUUUCACGAUAAAAAAAUCAUUGGCAAUGUUUCAUUAUUUGCUUUUAUUGUAUACUUCUCAAAUUGAUCACAUUAUGAUGUGAUUACAAAUAUCAGUCCACAUACAAGUGGUCAAAAAAAAUAAUAAAUGUAUGUGAACCAUAGCAUCCAUCAUGGAAAAGUAAAACCUUUUUUGUCUAAUGAAUUUUAACAAAGUAACAUGCAUCACAACAUCUAGUACACAUACAUAUAAAUAAAAAAAUGAGAUCACAUGAUUUCUUCCAAUUCAUCAUAAUGAUGGUAAAUGAGGUGAAGAUUUCUACUGGUACAAAGGUUUUUUGACAGAUAUUGACACGAUCUAGAUGUGUCACACAUCUUCAUCACAAGGUGGCACAACUACCACAAACUUGUGCUACGUCUAAAUCAUUUCGGAAUUACCACAGCUACUGUUGCUCAUUAUGUGUGCAAAAUGUAUCAUUGUCUGACAAAACCAAAAUGGUUUGUCAUAAAGAGUUAAAUAUGUUAGGAGAUGUAGGACUGGCCCUCUUUCUGCGAUGCUUUAUGUUUUCUGUUAUUAAAUUAGAAAAUAAUUAUGUUUGCAACUGAGCUGGCAAUAUUUACCUUGAAGGUACAUGUAUUCUCUAAACAUGCGCUAUGAUCUUUUAUGAAGGGAAAUUUAGCUUUUGAAAAGAAAGGAAUACAUCAUUCUGCAGGUAAUUGAAGCUGCUUUAAGAACAGCAAUCAAACCUGAGGUCCACCAAGUCCAUAAAUAUGGUAUCUAAAAUGGUGCUCAAUCUUAAUCAUUUAUGAUCUAAACAGCACAUUUCUUCAGCAUGUUGCAGACUUACAGAAUACAGACAUGAGCUUUUUCC